ACGCCCAGCGCUCCCUUCUUUCUCAUUCAUGCCAUCUCUCUUGUUGUAUUAACUUAUUUCAUCAGCUUUUCACAAAGCUGCGGGUCAGUUUGAUGUGUCAGAGUUUGAUGUGUGUGUCCACAUUCGUGUCAAGGCACAGUUUGAAUCUUCUCAUCGGGGCGGGACAAGGAAUCAGAUUAUGUUUUUUAAAAGAUGAGCCCCAAUGAGUUUCACAAGUAGAGAGCUCCUUGUCUUGGCCUUGAGGGGGCACCAGCAUGAGUCAGGAGUCACUGGAGUCUGACGGAGACUCCGCUCAGGAUGUGUGCGAUUUCAACUGGGACGACUACCUGGAGGAGACUGGAACCGUGUCCGUGCCCCAUCACGCCUUCAAACAUGUGGACCAGGGUCUACAGACGGGGCUGACUCCGGGUAUGAAGCUGGAGGUGUGCGUGCGCUCCGAGGCCGACAGCCCUUACUGGGUGGCCAACAUCAUCACCACAUGCGGCCAGCUGCUGCUGCUGCGCUAUGAGGGAUACCAGGAUGACCGACGCGCCGAUUUCUGGUGUGACAUCAUGACGGCAGACCUCCAUCCGCUUGGCUGGAGCCGCGAGCAUGGCAAGACCAUGAGGGCGCCUGAGGGUGUGCGUGAGAAGCACCAGGACUGGGAAGCUCUGCUGGAAAAGGCGCUGGCUGAGGAGUGCAGCGUGCCUGCCAACCUGCUGGAAUUGCCCCAGCGUGGUAGAGACCCAGUGGAGCUCCUGUGUGCGGGCUGCUAUGUGGAGCUCCAGGACUCCGUUGAUCUGGGGCUAGCCUGGGCUGCUGAGGUGGAGGAGAAUGUUGGAGGGCGGCUGAAGCUGCGCCUGGUAGGCACAGAGGGCCUCCCAGACACACCCGCAACCGUCUGGCUCUUUUACCUCCACCCACGCCUCCACCCACCCGGGUGGGCCAAAGAGCACGGCUGCACCCUCAGGCCUCCUUCAGAUCUGUUGGCACUGCGGACAGAGGAAGAGUGGGAGGAGGUGAGGCAGAGAAUCAGUGACCUGCCUCAGGAUGAAGCUCUGACUGCAGAGUUCAGUAAGGAUCAGCCUGCCAUUGCUACUCAUUGUUUCAAGGAAGGGAUGAAACUGGAGGCUGUUGACCCUGCUGCUCCUAUUUCCAUCAGGCCUGCCACUGUCACCAAGGUGUUCAACGAGCAGUACUUCCUGGUGACGAUGGACGACCUUUGUGGUAUUGAGGAGUCAGAAGGUGCAGCGCGGUCCUUCCUGUGUCACAGAGACAGCCCGGGGAUCUUCCCUGCUCAGUGGAGUCUCAAAAACGGGCUCCCCCUCAGUCCCCCACCAGGAUACCAGGGUCCAGACUUUGACUGGGCAGAUUACCUGAAACAGUGUGAAGCUGAGGCCGCUCCUCAGCAUUGCUUUCCAGCUGAGCAGUGUGACCACAGCUUCAAAGAGGCCAUGAAACUGGAGGCUGUCAACCCGCUGUCACCUGAGAACAUUCAUGUGGCAACAGUCACCAGGGUCAAAGGGCAAUACGUUUGGCUCAGCCUGGAAGGACUGAAGCAGCCCAUGCCAGAGCUGAUAGUUCAUGUGGACUCCCUUGACAUCUUCCCUGUCAGCUGGUGUGAAACGAAUGGUUAUCCACUCGUCUACCCCAUCAAACCCUCAGUUGAGAAAGAGAGGAAGAUCGCUGUGGUGCAGCCAGAGAAACACAGAACUCCACCAAAGUCUUCGUCACCUGACACUGUCAAGCAGCAGAUGGCCAACCAGUCAGAAACAGGACAGGGGAACGGGAAAUACUGCUGUCCCAAGAUCUACUUCAACCACCGCUGUUUCUCUGGACCUUACCUCAACAAGGGGCGUAUUGCUGAGCUGCCUCAGUUCAUCGGCCCUGGAAACUGUGUGCUUGUGUUGAAAGAGGUAUUGACUUUGCUGAUAAACUCAGCAUACAAACCCAGCCGCGUGCUGAGGGAGCUGCAGCUGGACCAGGAGAGCCGCUGGCAAGGCCAUGGAGAGACACUCAAAGCCAAGUACAAAGGAAAGAGUUACCGGGCCACUGUGGAAAUCGUCCGCACCGCAGAUCGUGUGGCAGACUUCUGCAGGAAAACCUGCAUCAAGCUAGAGUGCUGCCCGAACCUGUUUGGACCUCGCAUGGUUCUGGAGCGCUGCUCUGAGAACUGCUCUGUCCUCACCAAGACGAAAUACAAAUCCUUGAGCCACGUCAGAUGCAACACAAUAAGCCUAUUGUCUCCUCAAGCAGCGUAUUACUAUGGUAAGAAGAAGAGUAAACGUGUUGGCCGCCCACCCGGGGGCCACUCCAACCUGGAGGGGGGAGUGAAGAGGAGAGGGAGGAGAAGGAAGAGGAGGAAGCAGCUCUUUGUCCACAAGAAGAGACGUUCUUCAGCCUCUGUGGACAACACACCUGCUGGGUCUCCACAGGGCAGUGGAGAGGAAGAAGAUUUAGAUGAAGAUGACUCUCUGAGUGAAGACACUGGCUCAGAGCUGCAGGACGAUCUCCAGGAUGAUUCUGAACAAUCUGUGGGGAAGUCUCAGCCCACCACGCCGUCCCCCUCCCCGCCAGCGACACCCAGGCCCACGCGCCGACGCCGGAAACCCCGCUCACCGUCUUUCUCUGAUGAUGAGAACCGCCCUCCCUCACCAAAGACCUCAAAGACUGAGCCUCCUCAGAAGUUGUGUUUGGACACCAGCCCCCUGGAGUGGAGCGUUACUGAUGUGGUUCGCUUCAUCAGGACCACUGACUGUGCACCUCUUGCGAGGAUUUUCUUGGAUCAGGAGAUUGACGGACAGGCGCUGCUCUUGCUGAACCUCCCGACAGUCCAGGAGUGCAUGGACCUGAAGCUGGGACCGGCCAUCAAGCUGUGCCACCACAUUGAGAGGGUCAAGCUGGCAUUUUAUCAGCAGUUUGCUACGUAGCUGACGGGGAAUGAACAUUGGACAUGAUUCCAUCCUGUUUUGUGUAUUAAUCCUGUGAAGUCACUGUAUUUUCCCAUUUUGACUUUUCUUACACUGGACAUCCUUUAGAAUCCUGCAUAUAUCACAUUGGACAAGCAUGGACGGAAGACGGACGAAGCUGCAUUUCCUGGCCUUGGGAAGCAAAGAAGAAGUGAAAUGUGAAACAUAAGAUCAAAAACAGUUCAGGUGCUCUUUAGGAAAGCACAGCACAGGAGAGGACUGAUGCAGGAGAAUGCAAGGCACUUCAAUGCCAUAAAUAAAUGUAAAAGCCUUUAAUAAAUCCAGCACAUUUUAAUCUAAUCCAUCAUCACAGACUUGCUUUUGAACGGAAACAAGUUGGAUUCUAACCAUGUUCUGACAAGGUCUUUUUACUUAUUUGUGUAUUCUGAGUGCCUUGGAUUCUCCUUUUAUUUCCUUUCUUUUAAUGAGAAAGACUGACCACUAGUCCUACAACUCCAUUGAUCAGUUGUGUCCAACUGCAUUGAAUCACAGCUUUUACUUGUCAUACUGUGCCCUAGAAUAUUUGGUAUCUGCCAGUCAACAUUGGCUGUUGUCUGCUGGAGUCAGAAAUGAGGUGAUUCUGGUAAUUUCACACUGAAAUCUAAUUUCAUUGGAAAGAUAAGCUCAACAUUUUUCGUGCUGAUUGGGGUAUACACAGGAUGUGACAGCCCACUUGCAUUGAAGCACUUAAACUUGUUUUUCACAAAAAUUUCUGUCACUGCAGAAGUUCAGCUAUAUCUUAUACCAACAUCCUUAUGGUUUCUAGUUUCAAGAGAUCAUUUGGCCCAUUUAUUAAAUAAAAAAAAUUGCACACAUAAAUUAAUAAUUGUUUGCACACAUAAGAUGACAAGUUGCAUUCACUUAAUACAGUUUUGCAAGUUUUGAAAGACAGAGGUAAUAUUGAACUAGAUACACUGAUUAUAGUAGAUUUAAAAGAACAAUCAGUGAGUCGUUGCAAGGCAAGGAAUUUGAUUUCAGUGUGAACACCAGACGCAUACACUGCUGACAUAUCUGUUUAACAACAGACAUAAAAGGGGCCUUCAUCUCAAGAGAUCAGAUUGCUUUCUUGUUCAAGCUUCUAUGUAAGACCAGUUUACAGUGCAAGGAUUCUGUAAUGCAAGCACAAGCAAACCCAUGUACUGUUGGGUGGUAUGCAAAUAUGACGGUGCAUGUCUGUAUAUAGUGUAUAUAAUCAAAUAUCUUCUAGUGCAACAGGGUGAUUCGAAAAAAAAUGUACUGAGCAAUUAACUUUCUGCAUAAGCAAUGAGCAAAUACCAUAAAUACACAGUGGGCUAUAUUUGCACAGAAUGGGCCUAAACCUUCUCAUAUGGGGAGAGUAUGGUUAAAACAAAUUCAGCUAUAGUUGAUUAUUUGAGCCAUUUCAUAUCAUUGAAUAGUAGUUAUUUUUAACAAAUUAACGUAAUAAACGGGCAGUUUUUAAGCAAGAAGAUAUUCUCAAAACGCUUUUGUACAUUGGCUGUUCCUCUUUUUACCCGUUCCUUGUGUGAUUUGUUGUAAUGUGCUUCAUUUUGUGUGAGAAAAACCUCCGUGGGUUCUUUGUUUACUCAUUUGCUUGUAGUAACUGCAGUACUCGAAACAAUGGAACAUAUUUUUUAUCUCAUGUUUAAAGAUUAUUACUGCUAUUUAAAGAGAACACUGCAAUAAAAAAAACGGCGAACAACGAA